UGGGGAGUAUUUCUACAAGAGGACAGGAACAGCUUGAAAAAGUACAGAGAGUAUCUGUACUGAGGUGUUGAGUGUCCAGUGCAUUUGGGAGAAGUUUAUCAGGUGCCUGAACGUCCUUGGGAACAGCUGAUUUCUCAUUAACAUGGAGAGUCCCCAAGUUGAAAUUGAUACGGGAAAGUUGAGGGGGAGCAGGGAAACUAAUGUCCAUGGGAGAGAGUUCAUUGCGUUCAAAGGAAUACCGUAUGCUCAACCACCCGUCGGGGAACUUCGCUUCCAGGAUUGCCGACCUCCACUCAAAUGGAGCGGUGUGAGAGAAGCCACAAGCUUUGGUGACAACUGUGCCCACAUUGAUCUUAUAACUUACAGUAUAGUCGGCAGUGAUGAUUGUCUAUACCUCAAUGUCUACACACCAUCGAUCCAUCCAGAAAUUCCGAAGGCCGUGAUGGUUUGGAUUCACGGUGGGGGCUUUAUCUUUGGAUCUGGUGAUGAUACCCUUUACGGACCGGACUAUCUGAUUGAAAAGGAUAUUGUUCUGGUCACGAUAAACUAUCGUCUCGGGGUUUUAGGUUUCCUGGACCUGGAGGAUGAGAUUGCGAAUGGAAAUCAGGGGCUGAAGGACCAGGUGAUGGCGUUGCAAUGGAUUAAACGAAAUAUUGAUAGAUUCGGUGGAGAUCCAGGGAAUGUAACGAUUUUUGGAGAGAGUGCUGGAUCGGCAUCUGUUCAUUUCCUCUGCGUAUCUCCGAUGGGUGAAGGGUUAUUUCAGAAGGCUAUUCUGCAAAGUGGUGUGCUGAUAAAUCCAUGGGCCACAAUAGCAAGAUCCCCUAAACGAAGUGCAUGCCAACUUGCUGCUGUACUAGGAAAGGAAAUAGAAGACCCCAAAGAAUUACUCCAUUUUUUAAAGAGUAUUGAUGUCCACGAGCUCAUUAAGGCACAGGCCAAAAUGUUUCAGCCAUAUGAUAAAAUACUGCUGAUUACUCCAUUUGGACCAGCUGUGGAUUCACUAUCGAAGAACCCAUUCCUGUCGAAACCUCUAUUCGAGGCCAUCAAAUCUGGGAUCAAAGUGCCCUGCAUUAUAGGUUACGUAAGCGACGAAGGCCUCGUAGCUCUGUCAGGUGAACGCAGGAAUCAUGAAAAUCCUUACGGAAAGAAGACAUUUCUAUCCAACUGGUCGGAGAUUGAUGAGAACUAUCAGACCACGUUGAUUCAUCCGAAUGCAGUCAAACAUGCCCAGAUGAAAAACCUCACCGUGAUGGACAUGAGGAAGAUAUAUUUUGGCAAUCGCAAAAUUUCAUUGGAGUCUGUCCAGAAUUAUGUGGAUCUUCAAGGAGACACUCAUUUCAUCGCCGGUAUUCAUGAGGUUCUCGACCAUCAGGUACAGGUGUCCAAGAACCCAACGUAUGUCUACAAGUUUGACUGUGAUACAGGCAACUCCAUCGUCAAGUUAUCCCUGAAUAUUACUCAACCUGGUACCUGCCACGGUGAUGAAUUAUCUCUACUGUUCUAUCCAAAAAUAUUUCAACAAUUCGGUAUUGAAUUUCCCAACUCCUCUGACAUCCACCAGUUACUUACGGAGCGGUUCACUCAGUUGUGGACUAACUUUGCUAAGACGGGAAAUCCAACUCCAUCGAAAUCGGAUUUAUUACCUGUCAUGUGGACUCCUCUGACUCGGUUACAGUAUUACGAUUGCAUGAAAAUCUCUGAUAGCCUGGAGAUGACGACGGAGGAGAAUGUUUACACCAAAAUUAAAUCUUGUUUAAAGAAUAAACUCUAAGACUGUUAUCAAAUAUUUUGAGAAUAUUUUCAUAAAUCUAUCAUGGUAUAGUAAAGUUGUGUAUAACUUUGAUUAUAAAUUUAUGUAGAAAGAAAGAGCGAACCUUCGAAUUAAAAUUAAAUAUUCCAAUAA